CUGGCACAGCUGCGCCGCCAUUUUCAGCACCAUCAGAGCGACGGAGUGACGGCGCACUCCAUCCUCCUGUUUAUGCGUUUGGAUCCGCGUUUUCCUCCUCCCCCCCCUCGACUCCCUCGUCUCCCACUCCUGUCUCUGUGUCUGACGCACCGCUGUGUUCAGCCCACCCGGCACCGCCGCUGCUGCUGAGGCUGAGGCAGACUCCCCUCUCCCCGUUUCCCCGGCGGAUUCUCCAUGUAUGGAUGCGCUGAGGGAAGUGAUGCUGUAGGUUACCGAAGACCGAGAGAAAACGCAGACCACAGACGAAAUUCAAGAAAGAGCCACCGGAGGAGCCUUUUUGAAUGGAUUCAUCCUGUGUGUUUCUGUCGAGUCGAAGUUGCUGAGGUGCCUGGUGUGUGUCUAUAGCCAAACAGAUCUCCAGCUCUUCCGUUGACACACACACAUACACACACAAGCCCACCGGAAAGAUGGCGGGGGCUUCGGUGAAGGUGGCGGUGAGGGUCCGACCCUUUAACUCCAGGGAGAUUGGAAAGGAGAGCAAAUGCAUCAUUCAGAUGUCAGGGAACACCACGACUAUCCUGAACCCAAAACAGCCAAAAGAAAACAAGAGCUUCAACUUUGACUUCUCAUACUGGUCACACACUACGCCUGAGGACAUCAACUAUGCGUCUCAGAUGCAGGUGUACAAGGACAUCGGAGAGGAGAUGCUGCUCCACGCCUUUGAAGGCUACAACGUGUGCAUAUUUGCAUACGGACAGACAGGAGCUGGCAAAAGCUACACCAUGAUGGGACGACAGGAAAAAGACCAGCAGGGGAUUAUACCUCUGCUGUGUGAGGACCUUUUCACCAAGAUCAAUGACAGCAAUAAUGACAACAGCAUGUCUUACUCUGUGGAGGUAAGCUACAUGGAGAUUUACUGUGAGCGUGUGCGCGACCUGCUGAACCCCAAGAACAAAGGAAACCUGCGUGUGCGAGAGCACCCCCUGUUGGGACCGUACGUUGAAGAUCUGUCUAAGUUGGCUGUGACUUCGUACAAUGACAUUCAGGACCUGAUGGAUUCUGGAAACAAGGCCAGGACUGUGGCUGCCACCAACAUGAAUGAGACCAGCAGUCGCUCUCAUGCUGUCUUCAACAUCAUCUUCACACAGAAAAAGCAUGACAUGGAGACAGACAACACUUCAGAAAAGGUCAGCAAGAUAAGUCUGGUAGACUUGGCCGGCAGUGAGAGAGCUGAUUCAACUGGAGCUAAAGGGACGCGACUGAAGGAAGGUGCAAACAUAAACAAAUCUCUUACCACACUUGGAAAAGUCAUUUCUGCUUUAGCUGAACUGGACUCGGCUCCAAACAAGAACAAGAAAAAGAAGAAAGUGGAGAGUUUUAUUCCUUACAGAGAUUCAGUUCUGACUUGGCUCCUGAGGGAGAACUUAGGAGGAAACUCUCGCACAGCCAUGGUGGCCGCUCUCAGUCCUGCAGAUAUUAACUAUGAUGAAACUCUAAGUACUCUUCGGUAUGCUGAUCGAGCCAAACAGAUCCGCUGCAACGCCGUGAUCAACGAGGAUCCCAACAACCGCCUGGUCCGCGAGCUGAAAGAGGAGGUUGCUCGCCUCAAAGACCUGCUGUAUGCUCAGGGCCUGGGAGACAUCAUCGAGAUGACCAACGCCAUGACAGGAAUGAGUCCCUCCCCCUCGCUCUCUGCCCUGACCAGCCGGGCCGCCUCCAUCAGCAACCUUCACGACCGCAUCUUCAGCCCGGCCAGUGAGGAGGCGAUCGAAAGGCUCAAGGAAACAGAGAAAAUCAUUGCAGAGCUUAAUGAGACUUGGGAAGAGAAGCUGCGUCGUACUGAGGCGAUUCGCAUGGAGAGAGAGGCUCUGCUGGCUGAGAUGGGUGUUGCUAUGAGAGAAGAUGGGGGAACUGUUGGUGUCUUUUCUCCCAAGAAGACCCCUCAUCUGGUGAACCUCAACGAGGAUCCGCUAAUGUCUGAGUGUCUGCUCUACUACAUCAAAGAUGGCAUUACCAAGGUUGGUCGCGAAAACGCCAAAACUCGACAAGACAUCGUUCUUAGCGGCCACUUCAUUAAAGAUGAGCACUGUACCUUCAGCAGCACAACAGGCCCACAGGGAGAAGGAUGCGUCAUCCUGGAGCCAUGUGAGGGGUCAGAGACAUAUGUCAAUGGGAAGAGAGUGACCUCGCCCACUGUUCUGCGAUCUGGGAACCGCAUCAUCAUGGGUAAAAGCCACGUGUUUCGCUUCAACGACCCGGAGCAGGCCCGCCUGGAGCGGGAGAGAACGCCGUGUGCGGAGACGCCGGUGGAGCCCGUGGACUGGGCCUUCGCUCAGAGGGAGCUGCUCGAAAAGCAAGGCAUUGACAUGAAGCAGGAGAUGGAGCAGAGGCUUCAGGAGCUUGAAGACCAAUACCGCAAAGAAAGAGAAGAAGCCAGCAACCUGCUUGAGCAGCAGAGGCUGGACUAUGAGAGUAAACUGGAGGCCCUUCAGAAACAAGUAGACUCUCGGUACCUGGAGUCACCUGAGGAAGAGGAGGAGCCUGAGGAGGAAGUGCCGUGGACGAAGCAUGAAACUGAACUGGCACUCUGGGCUUUCAGAAAGUGGCGGUUCUACCAGUUCACCUCCCUCAGGGAUCUGCUCUGGGGAAAUGCCAUCUUCCUCAAAGAGGCAAAUGCUAUUAGUGUGGAACUAAAGAAAAAGGUGCAGUUCCAGUUCGUCCUGCUGACAGACACUCUUUACUCUCCGCUCCCACCUGACCUGCUGCCUCCCAGUGUGGCUAAGGAGCGAGAGCGGCGACCUUUCCCUCGAACAAUAGUAGCCGUUGAAGUUCAGGAUCAGAAGAAUGGAGCCACGCAUUACUGGACUCUGGAAAAGCUCAGGCAGAGGCUGGACCUGAUGAGAGAGAUGUAUGACCGAGCUGCAGAGCUGCCCAGCAGCACUGUGGAGGACUGCGACCACGCCCUGACCGGAGGGGACCCCUUCUACGACCGCUUCCCCUGGUUCCGUCUGGUUGGCAGGGCUUUCGUGUACCUGAGUAACCUGCUGUAUCCGGUGCCUCUGGUGCACCGCGUGGCCAUCGUCAGUGAGAAGGGAGAGGUCAAAGGUUUCCUCAGGGUGGCUGUGCAGGCCAUAUCAGCUGACGAGGAGGCCCCUGAUUAUGGAUCUGGAGUGAGGCAGUCAGGCACCGCCAAGAUCUCCUUUGAAGACAACCAAUUUGAGAAGUUUCAGAGUGAGUCGUGUCCUGGAGGCUUGUCACACUCCAACACCUCCCAAGAGGAGCUCAGAAUCGUGGAGGGAGAAGGACAAAACAUCGAGAUAGGAAUCUCAGCGGACGAGGUUAACAACAACACCUGUGCAGCCAUUCAGGAGCCUCCUUGCAGCCCUGUGAAGAGUUUAGGCCUGGGUCUGGACCUUCCGCUGGAGCUGUCUCCAGAAAAAGCUCUGUCACACCUGAAGAUCGGCAGCACCUUCACCUUCAGAGUCACCGUCCUUCAGGCCUCCAGCAUCUCAGCAGAAUAUGCCGACAUUUUCUGCCAGUUUAACUUCAUCCAUCGUCACGAUGAAGCUUUUUCAACUGAGCCAUUGAAAAACACUGGCAGGGGUCCUCCGCUCGGAUUCUAUCAUGUACAAAAUAUUAAAGUGGAAGUGACCAAGUCAUUCUUGGAGUACAUCAAGACUCAGCCCAUCGUCUUUGAGGUGUUCGGACACUAUCAGAAACAGCCUUUCCCUCCAUUAUGCAAAGAUUUGAUCAGUCCUCUGAGACCCUCCCGGAGGCAGUUUCCACGAGUGAUGCCAUUAUCCAAACCAGUGCCAGCCACAAAGCUCAGCACGCUGACUCGCUCCACUGCUGGACCUUGUCAUGCCAAAUAUGACCUCAUGGUCUUCUUUGAGAUCUGUGAGCUGGAGGCUAAUGGAGACUACAUCCCAGCUGUCGUUGACCACAGAGGCGGCAUGCCGUGCCAUGGGACUUUCCUUUUACACCAGGGCAUACAGAGAAGGAUCAGAGUUACCAUUGCUCAUGAAACAGGAAAUGAUUUCGAGUGGAAGGAGGUGAAGGAGCUUGUUAUCGGUCGCAUUCGAAACACACCAGAGGCUGACGAGACCAUCAUUGACCCCAACAUCCUGUCCCUCAACAUUCUCUCCUCUGGAUACUUCUGGCCAAAACAUGAUGACAAGACCUUCUAUCGAUUCGAGGCGGCAUGGGACAGCUCCAUGCACAACUCUCUGCUGCUGAACAGAGUCACUCCAUACGGAGAGAAGAUCUACAUCACUCUCUCAGCUUAUCUGGAGAUGGAGAACUGCACUCAGCCGACAGUUAUCACCAAAGAUUUCUGCGUGGUGUUUUACUCCCGUGACACAAAGCUUCCAGCCUCCCGAUCCAUCAGGAACUUCUUCAGCACCGGCUGCCUCAGGCCCUCAGAGAGUAAUCGUGUCACUGGAGUUUAUGAGGUCACUCUCUGCCACGUUGCAGACAACGGAAGUCCAGGAAUGCAGCGUCGUCGCAGGCGUGUCCUUGACACCUCUGUGGCCUACGUGCGAGGAGAGGAGAACCUGGCGGGUUGGAGACCCCGCAGCGACAGCCUCAUCCUUGACCACCAGUGGGAGCUGGAGAAGCUCAGCUUACUGCAGGAGGUGGAGAAAACCAGGCAUUACCUCCUGCUGAGGGAAAAGCUCGAGGCAACUCUGCAGGCAGGGCAGGACGCGCUUUACAAGAGCGGCGACAUUUGUGACUUUGCAAAGAGCCCCGUCCUCAGCAGCAGUCCGAGCAGCAGCCCCGCUCCUGACAGCCCCAACCAGAGGCAGAGGGAGCUAGCUGCUAAGUGUCUGCGCCUGCUGAUGCACACGUUCAACAGAGAGUACAGCCAGGUGAGCAGCAGUGCCAGUGAAAGCAAGCUUUCAGAAAUGUCUGCGUCACUCAUGAGGGACUCGUCCUCCUCUGGCCUGAGCACACUGACUCCCUCCUCUACUUGCCCCUCAUUGGUCGAUGGCCAUUUUGACAUCCGGCUCACCGAACCGAGCUCAGGAGCAUCGACACCGGACCUGGACCCGUUCAGCCCAGUGGACAGAAAGAAAGCUCUGAGAGGAUACACCUUUGUUCCUGACAUACAAGAGAUUCGCGUCAGCCCCAUCGUGUCAAAGAAGGGCUACCUGCAUUUCUUGGAGCCCCACAGCAGCGGCUGGGUGAGGCGCUAUGUGGUCGUGCGCAGACCCUACGUCUACCUGUACCGCAGCGAGAGGGACAACGUGGAGAGGGCUGUCAUCAACCUGUCCUCAGCUAAAGUGGAAUACAGUGAAGAUAAACAGACAUUACUCCGGACCCCUAACACGUUUGCGGUGUGCACUGAGCAUCGUGGGAUACUGCUGCAGGCCGCCAACGACAAAGAGAUGCAUGACUGGCUGUACGCCUUUAACCCUCUGCUAGCUGGUACCAUCAGGUCCAAGCUCUCCAGGAGAAAGUCAGUCCAGUCGCUCCCGGCUGCUCAGCGGAUCUAACAGGUGAACCAGCCUCGAGGAACAACAAACAGCAAAAGAACAAACAAUCUCAAAAGCUCGCGUCAGCGUUCUCCUCUAAUAAACACAAACCUGAUAGCAAAUGUCUCCAUAGAUACGAUGACCAGCCCUGUCUCAAGAAUAACUCGAUUACUCUGUCGAGAACCCGACCUUGGUCUGUUUUUGCAGUCGCCUCCUCCAGCCUUGCAUGAUAUGCUCCCUUUUGACCUUUAGAAGAGUUUACAAGGAAAACUAACAACGCGAACCUGAUUAUUAACUUUGUUUUUCUGAUGGACGUUUGGGGCUUGUUCUGAGUAGUUUCAGUGUACUCGUAGGAAUAGGUUAUCCGUAAGACUACCCCGUUUCCUGUAAAAAGAUAUGUGACCAGUUCCUCUUUUAUCAUUACUAAAAAUAGGUACUUGUAGUAAACCAGACAUUUACCACUUACUGCAUCAGAAAGGCAAAAGGAAAGCAUCAACCUGAAUUCUUCUCUGUGUAGACCUGUGUACAGUGUGGGGAUGAUAGCUUCAUAUACGUCAUACAUAUACUGUAAAAUACCUCAGUUUGGAUCUGCUUGAUGCAGCAUGAAAUUCUUCACUGCAGAAACAUCAGAUGGCAAAGAGG